AUGCUCGAUGCGGCCCCCGCAGUGUGUCUCGUACUUGGUGGUUGCCAGGCAAAUAUGUUUUUGCUAGAACUUAUUGUGGCGAAGAACCGAGAUACUAUGUAUGCCAUGACGUUUGCUCAAUAUGUGGCCGUUGCCUUACUUUCACUUCCUUACGUGUGUACGUUUAGAAAGGUGCCUGGGAAAGCGCACUUGCUUCCGUUGCAGAUGCGACCUGGGAGGCUUUCCACGUUACACAAGCUGGCAGUCGGUGUGACCGCGUGGGUUAUGGGCGUAGCCACCAAUCUUGCCUUCAAUAUGCAUGUCUCCGUCCCCGUCCACUCGACAUUCCGAUCACUGCCCCUUCUUCUGAAUAUGUUGGUUGGGUUCUUCUUUUUAAAUAAACGGUACACAUUUCUGCAGGUGGCAUGUGUUUCCAUGAUAACGGUAGGACUUGUACUGUUGACGGUGGAGAAGUCCCGCCGGUCUUCGCGGUCGACCACAGACGGUAGUAGUGGAACUCAGGACACGAGUGAGUACUUCUGGUGUUUGUGUGGAAUGUUGAUCCUUUUGUUCACAACGGUUCUGUCAACUGCUCUUAGCCUCAUGCAGGAGCACAUGUACAAGACAGCUGAGCGUCGCGAAAAGGCGCUGGAGACUGAGUCGAAGAAGACGGACAACCCGAAAAUGCCACGUUCCGUGGAAGAGGCAACGGAAACGUCCCCGGCUCCGAUGUGGGCGGAGGCGCUGUUUUUCUCCCAUGCCGUUGGCAUUCCACUUUUUUUGUCGCAGCCUAGUCGACUUUUUACUGAGUUUGCUUCCGUCUCAUCGGAAAAUUACGUAUACUUUCUUUUGAAUGCUGUUACACAAUAUAUGUGUGUGAUGGGUGUGUAUGUGUUGAACAACAAAACAUCGGCGUUCACAUUAGUGCUGAUACUGACGCUACGCAAGUUGGGCACAUUUACCCUCUCAGUUAUUUACUUUGGACAUUACCGACACUUCAACACCACGGAGUGGAUAGCGAUGUUUGGAGCGCUAGGAGCAAGCGUAUUGUACCCUCUUCUACCAAAGGCUUAG